AUGUUUGCUUGUGUUAUUUGCUCAUUCGCAGCACCGUGGAUUGAGUGUCCGGACGGCACCUACUGCCACCGGAACUCGACGUGCUGCUUCGCCCAUUCCUCGUCCUCGGCGCGUUCUUCAGCUUCCCUCCAAUACGCCUGCUGUCCUCACGAGCACGCCCAGUGCUGCGACGACGGAGAGCACUGUUGUCCACGCGGCACACAGUGCGAGCACUUCGACCAGUCAAAAGGUCAUAUGUGCCAUUCGCUGAAUGAAGAACCCGGACAGACUGUCCUCGCCUCCAAGAAGUACCCCAGCCUGAAAAGCGUGCCCGGGGCCACGUACCCUUCGGUGCCGUGUCCUACGUGGAUGGUGUGCAGCUCGGGCUCCUGCUGCCGCAACGAGUACGGGGCCUAUCGAUGCAGUCCGUACGCAGGAGGAGUGUGCUGCGCCUCAGGCAUCUCCGGAUGUCCGCCUAACACGGAGUGCGUCGACUGA